UACCAGAACUUUUGAGAAUUAUUCUCACAAAUAAUUCUUUGGAUGAAGUUGUAUCAAAUGCCGAAAAAAAUAUCAGAUUAUCUGAUUUUCUAAUAAUAUUAAAAGGAAGAAUAUCGGAUAGUAGCAUAGAUAUUUUAGAUAAAUUUGAAACACAAGAUCUUUUUCAAUUUUAUAAAUUAAGAAAUAUUAUUGAUCAAGGUGAAUCUUUUG